AUGAACAGACAAAUAAAAAAAUAGACCGAAUCAGGUCCCAUUAUAAAAGGAAAAACAAAUGAAAUAAAUGAUAAAUCUGGCAUUUAAAAAGCAGCAGAGUACUCUUUAUUAGUGAUUAUAUCAGUUAAUCUAAUGUACGCAGUUACUUCUUCCGGUUUGACAUUCAUAAACAAAGCUUUAUACACGAAUUUUGGCUUUUAAAGCCCGCUUGAUCUGCUUUUAAUACAAUGCUUAUGCAAUGUAGCUAUCUGCACUCCAAUGAUGAUUUACAAAGAGUACAAUCCUAAAAGCUUUAAAAUCUUAGAUAAAUUUGGGAUGCAUGUAACCCCUCUAUCAUAAGCAGUUUAAAAAUGGAAACUAGGAGUGGUAAUAGGUCUUGGUAACUUGAUUACAGUGGCAUUUGGCAUUUACUCAGUGAAAUAUGUUAGUAUACCACUCUUUCUAACCUUUAGAAGAUGUACUAUUCUCACCACCUUCUUAGCUAAUUACCUCUUAACAAGAAAAGGGUUAGAUUCAAGAACUUAUCUUAAGCUAUCACUCAUAACAAUAGGGGCCAUAAUUGCAGGACUUGACACCUUCAAUCGUGAUUGGUUCGGAUAUGCACUCAUUUGGAUGAAUAAUCUCUCUUAGUCUGUCACAAAUAUUUUCAAUAACAAAAUAAAUAAUCAGAAGAUUGUGACUACUUUUGAGAUGAACUUUUUCUAUGCUUGGGUGGGCUUGCCAUUGCUAACAUACUACGCUGUAUAUACUGGCGAGAUAAAGUAGCUCUUUGAUGUGCUUUAAAUUGAAGACCUGACUUAUAGAUUUAAUUUCCUUUCUUUGCUAAUUUUGUCAGGGACACUAGGGAUAACAAUAACUCUGAGUACUCUUUUAGUAGUCAAUCUUUGCAGUCCUUUUAUGCUCAAUAUCAAUGGGAACUUUAAAAACAUCUUAUCCGCUGCUCUAGGGUUUGUGAUGUUUAAUGACUAGAAACCCACAUUUCUAGUAGUAUCAGGAAUAUUAGUUGGAUUUAUGGGGAGUUGUCUCUACGCUUAUGAUGAACUUAUGUAAUUAAGAUUAAAACGAAAGACUAAGUAUGAUUUUAAGAAAGAAUGA